UAGCGGCGCAAGUCGCAACAGCAGCAGCAAAGACCGACAGUCCAACCGACAGACACACUCUCUCGUUAACUCGGCCAUUUUGAAGAAUAUAUUUCCCUCAAUUGGGGAUUUAUAUUGUGUGUGUUUGUUAAUUAUCAUUAAAAAAUAAAUAUAUAAAUGAUUUAAUUAAUAAAUUAAUAUACAAUAUAAUAAACAUAAAUUACUUAACCAACUAUACAUGUGCUGAGUGUUUAAAAUUACAAAAAAUAAUAUAUUAUUUAAAUAUACAAUUAAGAAAAAUAAAAAAAUAUUAAAAUAAUAAAAAAGAAAUAAAGUUAUAAUCAGUGGUAAAUAACGAUGGAAGAAAAGGCGUCACUCAAGGAGCUUGACCAGUGGAUAGAGCAGUUAAAUGACUGCAAACAACUGACCGAAAGCCAAGUUAAAACUCUUUGCGAUAAGGCUAAGGAAAUUCUUGCAAAGGAAUCAAAUGUACAGGAGGUCAAAUGUCCAGUCACAGUAUGUGGUGAUGUUCAUGGACAAUUUCAUGAUUUGAUGGAAUUGUUCAGAAUAGGUGGAAAAUCACCAGACACAAAUUACUUAUUUAUGGGUGAUUAUGUUGAUCGUGGUUACUAUUCUGUUGAAACAGUGACUCUUCUUGUUGCACUCAAAGUGAGGUACCGUGAAAGAAUAACAAUUCUCCGAGGUAAUCAUGAAUCAAGACAAAUUACACAAGUAUAUGGUUUUUAUGAUGAAUGUCUACGUAAAUAUGGUAAUGCAAAUGUUUGGAAAUUCUUUACGGAUUUAUUUGAUUAUUUACCAUUGACUGCACUUGUCGACGGUCAAAUAUUUUGUUUGCACGGUGGUUUAUCACCUUCAAUUGAUUCCUUGGAUCACAUUCGGGCACUUGAUCGUCUUCAAGAAGUACCACAUGAAGGUCCAAUGUGUGACUUAUUAUGGUCAGAUCCUGAUGAUAGAGGAGGUUGGGGAAUUUCACCUCGUGGUGCUGGUUACACAUUUGGUCAGGAUAUUUCGGAAACAUUUAAUCACUCAAAUGGACUGACACUUGUUUCUCGAGCUCAUCAACUUGUCAUGGAAGGAUACAAUUGGUGUCACGAUCGCAAUGUUGUAACAAUAUUCUCAGCACCAAAUUACUGUUACCGUUGUGGUAAUCAAGCUGCAAUUAUGGAACUGGACGAUGCUCUGAAAUAUUCAUUCCUUCAGUUUGAUCCAGCACCAAGACGUGGUGAGCCACACGUAACCAGACGAACACCUGAUUACUUCUUGUAAGAAGUUCAACCUAAGGAGCAUAGAUUUUUAAGGUAGGGGACUGGAACAAUGAUGGCUUUAUAGUAAUGCCACAAAAUAUGCAAAAAGAAUAAAAAUUAAAAAAAAAAAAAAAUACAAAAAAUAAUUAUUUACAUAUAAAAUAUGAUUUUUAACGUCAAAAAAAAGAAAAAUAUAAAUAAACGCGUACAACUUAUAUGAAAAAAAAAAAAAAAAAAAAAGUAAACAUCGUUAUGAAUGUCAAGUUCAUCCCAGUGCAAGUCCUUAAACACAAUCAUCGUCAUCAUUAUUAAAAUAAAAUUUAACAAAAUAUAAAAAAACGCUCUUUAAAAGGAUUUUGUAAUUGGCCAAGUAACCAGUACGCGUUUCACAAUUAUAUCUAGACAUGUAGACACAACACUUGUACACUAAAAAAAAAAAACAUUAUGAGCAAGAAAAAAAAAAAAAAACAAUU